AUGCUGGUCGCAGAGUCUCUCCAAGAGAUCAUUCGAUCAUCUACCCCAACAACAAUAAAAGCCGCGGGCUCCUUUCUUCUCCUUCUCAGCCUCUGUGCAUUUCUAUGGAUCUGGGUCUCGCCAAGAUGGACGCUCUUUACCAGCAGCAAGGCACCGCGACCCUUAACCCCAGAUCUAGAGAAAAAGAGACCCGUCGCACGGCCGGGCGUGCGAACCAAAGUGACCCGAAAUCCGGGUGAAUGGACUCCAUCUGAUUUCAAGCGACCCCCAGCGCCUCCAUACCCAGACUGGAAUGUCCACUCCACCAAGCCGAUUCCCUAUCGGCCGUUUCGAUAUGGCCCGAAAUACUUUGUGACCAUGGGGUUGAGGAGCAUGAAAUGGGAUGAGUGGAUUGAACUCGAUAAUCACUAUCUCAAGUACCAUGCGGAUAAAGCACGACGGAUCCAAGAACGCGGCGAUAAAUGCUGCAGGACGGCACCGGAAGCGAUGGACGGGGCGAUGGAGCUCCUGGAAGAACUCUCAUCCAUAUUCACCAACAGCUGCGCCUAUCUCCCAGAACGCUACCCAAGCAUGUUCCAAUCCACACCAACCGGACUCACCAACAGCGUCACAGGCGAAACAUUCAACAUCAAACACCAACCCCUAGCAGAAGACCCGAUGGCCACCGCAGCGCGACUAGUCCAAGACGACCUGGCCAUAAUGAUCGAGCAACCAAACGGCGAAUACAAGCUCCUAGCAGGCAGCAUCCUGCUGGCGGGAUUCUGGCGACUAAGCGACAAAUUCGGAAUGGGGCUCUCAGAAAUCCACACAUCAGGCGACGUGCCACAAUUCCGCGAGAAGCUCGAAAAGGGGAUGACGAACUUCUUCCGGCGCCUGCGGCCCGAGGAGCCCGUGCUGCGCAACAACUACUUCAUCCAGGUGGACGAUAACCUGGCAUGGUCGCACAGCAUCGGGCCCGAGGACGCGCCGGAGAUCUCGUGGAAUACGGCGCAGAAGAACCGGGCGGUUGAGAGCCAUUUCUUUCGCUCUGAGAGGCAGUCGCUGCGGCGGUUGCCGCGGUCUGGGGCUGUGGUAUUUACGAUUCGAACAUAUUUUGAGCCCGUUGCUGAGAUUGUAAAGGAACCUUUUGUGCCUGGACGACUGGCGUCGGCGGUGCGGAGUUGGGGGGAUGAUGUGUCCCGGUAUAAGGGGAAGGAGAAGUAUCAGGAUGUUUUGCUGGAGUUUCUGGAUCGCAUGCAUGCUGAGCAGGUGGCUGCUGGGUUGGAGGUUGAUAAGGAGAAUGAGGUGCGGAGUUAUCCUUACUGA